AUGACCUUCAAGGUGAACACCAUUGGUAGCUCACUAGGCUAUUUCCUGGGAGACACCAAGGCGGUGUUGAAUGGCUGUGAGGACCACUGGACCCUGCCGGACAGGUCCGCCAUGCCACUGCUCUUCCAGAUGACCGUGUGCGUGGACAUCCGUGUGGUGCGGCCCGGAGCCUGGGUGGCCUUCUCUUACAGCUCGGUCUACGCACCCAAGCCGGAGCUGGGUCUGGAGGGAGACGACGGGGCGCUGUACGGGUGGCUGCUGAGGGUCCGGCACAGGUUUCCUCUCCGGUUGUCCCCAACUGUCUGGCACAGGGUGUGCCUCAGGAGGGACGUACGGCGCAACUCCUUCAGCCUGGAGGUCGAUGGGGCAAUGGUGGCCGAGAGGACCGUCAUCGCUCCGGCCAUCGCCCCCUCGGGCUCCCUGCGGCUGGGCUGUCGUCCCAGAGACAGACUCUCGGGAGCCGAGCGCGGAGAAGUGGAGCUGUACCUGUUCCGGAUGUGGGCGGACCUGGGCGACCAUGGCCUCUGCGAGGACGGCACGGUGAUCGGCUGGGAUACCUGGGACUGGCGUUUCUCGAGUCUCAAUGCCCGGCAGACAGACCCGAACCUUCUGUGUGCCCACAGACGGUUGAGGCGUCGGGCUCGUGUUGACCGCAGCGCUUGUAGCAAAGGGUCCUCAGAUUCGAAUUCCAAAAGUGACACUAAGUCUAAAAUUGAGAAAAAGGUAUAUGACCUGGAGUCAAAAACAUUGUGCAAACGUCAACCAGCGAAACUCCUCGAAGUCUGCCAGUGUGACAAAAAACUUAAGGAAGUGGAUGUGUCCUGUAAAAGGGUUUCUGCACAGCAGGAGACUCAUGAAAACAAAAUACAAGUUCAAAUCACUAUGAAGAGGAAGAAACAUGGUCAAAAUCUGUGUCAGUUCACAAUUUCCCUGGAGGAUUUCUGUCAGUCUUGCGCACACUCAUGUAGUUCCUGUCCAGAGCCUUCCACAAUCAAGCAAAGGACGACUCAGCCUCCGACCACCAGCGACAUUACAAGAACUUCCGAAGCUUUAACUCCAACUGUCAGCCAAAAGAUCCGACAAACUAAUACGACAACUGACAAAACCACAGCAGGUCAUCAGAAAAAGGAAUCACAAGGAACUGCUGUCAACCUAACGACAAAAGACCCAGGAGUCGAUUUGACAACAACUACACCUGCCAAUGCCUACCUUGAGCAUACAUCCACAAUAUCAUCCACAACACCUAUUGCGGCUGCUACUGCUUCUACCACAUCUGGCCCACCUCCAACCCAGAGUAGCACCACUUCUGCUGACGUGUCCUCAAAGUCUACAACAACUCUCCAAACCACCACCCUCACCAGAACAACCACAACGACUGGUACAGCAACUACUAUUUCCAAAACUAUGAUGAAGACAACCAUUGGCCAAGAGGCACAGGAGGAGCAAGCCAAUGAACUGCUGAACCAAACUCAGGAUGCAUCCCAGCUAAACUCCUCCCAGGUGGGGCAGUUAGUGGGGCAGUUGGAGAAGCUGCUGGAUGGCCCCACUGUCUCUCAGUCAGUGGGUCAAAAGGCCAUAGGCAUCAUCAGCAACCUGAAGGACGGCGACCCGGCGGGCCUCUCUGCGUCUGCCAAUCGGCUGAUUCGAGUCGUGGACAGUGUGGGUCUAAAGGCGGUCGUCAGCGGGGACAGAGAAAUCCUCUCUUCAAAUUCACUGGUGCUGGCCAUCAGGACAGUGGAUGGUACCAACUUCACGUCAUUAUUGGUCAACUUCUUCAACAGUGAUAAUGUCCAGAUCCGUGCUGUCGGCAGAUCCGGGUACAAGAGGUCAGGUUCUGCUCUGGGGUCUGUUUUUUUGCCCUCCACCUUGACUGCAGGUCUUAGUCCUGAGCAGCAGCAGCAGGCCAGCAGGGUGCAAUUCACUUUCCACACCAAAAAUGUCCUUUUCCAGGACAAAGCAUUAGGUGACAAAACCCUGGUCAGUUCAGUUCUGGGCGCCAGUGUUGCCAAUUUGUCAAUAAGCAACUUGACUGAGAACAUUCUGUUCACCAUCCGAAAUAUCAACCCCAUGCCUGGAAACUUUGUGGCUUCCUGUGCAUUUUGGGACUUCACUGUCAAUGAUGGUCAAGGAGGCUGGAGCUCUGCCGGCUGCUUUGUUGUCAAUGCCACAUCGGACGACACAACCUGCAGCUGCAACCAUCUCACUUCAUUUGCAAUACUGCUGGAUUUGUCCAGAGACGUACUAAUCGACCGUCAGCACGCACAAAUUCUCACUUUCGUCACCUACAUCGGCUGCGGAAUCUCCGCCAUUUUUCUUGCCGUCACUUUGCUGACGUACCUUUCAUUUGAGAAACUGCUGCGCGACAUUCCUGCCAAGAUCCUGGUCCAGCUCUGCCUGUCCCUCCUCCUCCUCAACCUGGUCUUCCUAUUGGACGGCUGGCUGGCGCUCUACCCGGCCAUCGGGCUGUGCAUCAGCACCGCCUUCUUCCUGCACUACUUCCUGCUCACGUCAUUCACCUGGGCCGGGCUGGAGGCCCUGCACAUGUACCUGAGCAUCGUCCAGGUGUUCACUCCUUACCUGAGCAGAUACAUGCUCAAGUUCUCACUGAUGGGCUGGGGUAUCCCUCUUCUCGUGGUGAUCAUUAUAAUAUCAGUGGACAAAGACAACUAUGGUCUGGUUACGUAUGGGAAAUACUCAGAUGGCACCUCAGAUGACUUCUGUUGGCUGCGUAACGACAUCGCCUUCUACGUGGGCGUGGUGGCCUACUUCCUGCUGGUCUUCGUCCUGUGCCUGCUCGUCUUCGUCGUCGUCAUGGUGCAGCUGUCGCGCAUCAAGAAGCAAAACCCCCAGAACCAGUCGCCGAACCGGGGAGUGCUGACCGACCUGCGCAGCGUCUCCGGCCUCGUCGUCCUCCUGGGCCUCACGUGGGGCUUCGCCCUGUUCGCCUGGGGGCCGCUCUACAUCCCCUUCGUCUACCUGUUCACCAUCUUCAACUCCCUGCAAGGUUUCCUCGUCUUCGUCUUCCACUGUGCUAUAAAGGAGAACGUCCGCAGACAGUGGCGGACUUACCUCUGCUGCGGGAGGCUGCGAUUGGCUGAAAACUCAGAAUGGAGUCGCACUGCCACUCAGAACAACAGGAAUCCGUCGACGACCACGGCCUUCACCUCGGUUCCACUCUCCACGUCCCGGAGCUCGUCCGUCGCGAGCGAAGGCACCAACAGCAGUGGCUCCGUGUUUGUGGACAGCGGAAUAUCCGACGUCUCCAACAGCGACGUCCUCCUCAACGAGCUCCACCAACGGAACACGGCGGACGUGUCGAGUGUUGGUUUGAGACUAUAUACUCCGGCUGGUCGAGAUUAGGGGAUCUCCUGCAAGAUCGAGUCAACAAGAAAACAAAAGAAAGGGUAAAUCACAGGAGCGGAUCCUUACAGGGACUUGAAGAAAUCCUCAGUGUCAGCUUUAACACCUGACCUCCAUUGACAUGCAGGUCACGCCCGCAGUUUUUCAUUUUAGUUUUAAAGAACAGAUGUGUAAGCGGACGCGAAGAAGCUGAUGCUGCGUUUCCUUAUGCAGUUUAAAGGUGCGAUACGUAAAACGCAUCUUUGCCGCCGAAUGUUGUGUCAUUGUGAGCAGCAGGUGGUGAUGAGAAAGUGAGCUGCCAUUUUUGGAAGCCUUGAGUUUUGCGCUUUGGCCGGCGCCAUUUUGGUUUGAAACCAGAAGUAACCGUAUUUGGAGGAGCAGGAGGUGGACCGGACUAGUUACGUUAACUAAUAUAAUAAUAAAAAAUAUUAGCAGAAUUAUUAGCCAGCCGUAAGACUAGCUAGUUUAGCUACAUUUCCAUAGCCUAGCCUGUUAGAUGAGCUCGACCUCUGCACGCACCACAACUUUUCCUCUCGUCUAUUGAUGUGGAAGCUGUAAAGUAUAAUUCACUACAGAGCCGUUUUAUUUGAAACCACACAGAAUGGCUAAUAACAUGCACUCCCCCCACCAUCAGCAGGGGGGGGGCACUGAAUCAGCAGGAUCUUUAUUGUUUGCAAAAUUGGAAACUGAGCCGGAUGUGAAUCUGUCUCCAGAUUUGGUUGAAAGCCGCCGAAAAAAACUAUUAACACCUCAUUUACAUAGAAUUCAGUCCAAUUAUUUUGUAUGUAAAACAUAGAAAGAACUUAUUUGAAAUGUAUGAAGCUAUCCAACGGCACACUAUGUGGGAAUUAUUUGUUAGUUAAUCAAUGUUGGUUUAAAGAUAAAGUGUUAUGUUGACAAUUAUUAAAGACAUUUUCUAUUCAAAAAUGUCAAAUGUCAAAUAAAAUGAUUGUCCAUUUCCCCCCGUAUUCUCAUUUCAAUUUAAUUAAAAUGUUUGAGGAUAAAACAAA